GUAUUGUUGUUUGAAUACGUUUUAAACAAUGUCGUUUUCAAAAGCCAGGAUCCAAAGGUUUAACGAAUUUGAAAAUGAUGUACCUCCACCGGGUUCGUAUGACCCCAGGUUUGAAAGUAAGGUGCGGGGUCUAGUUAUUGAAAAGUCAGAAAGAUUUCACGAUAACAAAAGCACGGACAGCGCCGAAUGCAAUUUGUCAGUUUGCACCAAAAGCACGGGCAAUAUAGUGGCCAAUUUUAGAACGCCGCAACUACCACGAAAAAAAGACCGAGGUCACACCUCGAAGUCAUGUACGAAAGUAAAACUGCGUGCGCUUAUUUCUGUCAACGACCAAAAGUUGAAGUACGAAUCUAAGCAUCAGAUCGCAGAUCUUCAAGUAGAAUGUUCGAACAAAGAUAGGACUAUAGAGGAGCAGGAAAAACACAUCGAGAACAUGAAGGUGGAAGUACGGAAAUUAGAGUUACAAAUCGAGGAAUUACGUAAAAAGCAAGCGGAAGUAGAAGAGCAACACCGGAAGGAUAUAGAAACAAUGGCCAAAUUGCAGCAAGAAGUAUUAAAUGGUCAUGACGAAAAGCAUCAAGCUGAAAUCGAACAUCUUCGUUGUCACCUGUUGGAGGUUUCGGAGGAGAAAGAGCGCGAAAUUGAAGCAAGAAGAAUCAUGGAAGGAGAUCUCAGAAGUCGCAUUACAGAUUUCUCAAAAAGAGUAACUGCGUUGGAAUCUGAAUUAGCCAACAAAAAAUACAAAAAUGUAGAAAAUAUUCAGUCUCUCGAAACAGAAAUUGAAGAACUAGUAACAAAAUUAGAGAGAGUUAAGGAAGAUUACAAACAUGAAGUCAACUUAUUGGAUGAAGAAAAGUCAAAACUUAAUUUGUGUAUCAUUAAUAUAACUGAUGAACGUGAUAAAUUGGAGGUGAAGUUACAAAAACGACAGAAUGUAAUUCUUGAACUUCAAGCACAAUUAUCAGCUCUUCAAUGCGAAUUAGAUGAAUUAAAAGCUGAAUAUGAGAAACUUCUUGAAGAUUAUUCAAUACAAAUGGACGAUGUUCGAUAUAAACACCAAGAAGAAAUUAAUAAAUUAACUACGGAUUUUGAAAAAGAAAAAGUGACUCUUAGAAAUGAAAACGACUUUGAAAUAUCGCGUAAAUUAGAAAUCGAAACCAAAGCAAAAGAUGUUGAAGAAGAAAAUAAUUUUCUCAAGGAAGAGCUAGAAGAUAUCCAAAGACUUUACAAAGAUGUUAAUAAUCGUUUAUACGAAGCACAUCAAGAAUUAGAAGAAUCGGAUAGAAAACAUAACCUUGUUUUGAAGAAACAAAAAGAAGACUUAGCUGACAUAAUAAAACUUCAUGAUGAUGAAACAUUUAAACUGAAACAACAAUUGGAGAAUGCAAGACUGGAUUAUUUGAAGGAAAUAGAAAACCUGUCAAUGGCAAGAGAUAAAGAGAUAGUGGAAUUAAAAGAAGUUGCUGCUAAAAAGGUUGAAGAAGAAACGAAGCGAAUUAAGCAACACGCUGAAAAAAUGGUAGAAAAUGCAGAAGCAGUUACCAGAGAAACGUUGGCAGCUUGUCGUACGGAAUGCGAGGAAAGAGUUAAAAGAGUGAUAGCCGAAAGCGACGCGAAAGUAAGCGGGUCCCACGUAAACGCUAUGAUCAGAAAAGCAAGAUCUACUGUAGAGAAAGAAAUGCGACUCAGUGCGGAAAAGUAUAAAGCAUGUUUAGCGCGGGUACAAUUGGAACGAGCAGCAUUGGAUGAAAAACUAGUGCAGAAGAAUGCUGAAAUUACCAGAGUUUCCGUGAUCCUUGAAGACUUAAAGUCCUCUGCAGAAACACAAGAGAGUUUUGGUCAAAGUUUGCAAAUGGAAUUAGAUCGAGCAGAAACUGAAUUAGCGGAGAAAAAAGAAGAAUUAAGAGCUUUGAAAGAUCAAAUUCGAACAGAAGCCGGAGAGAUGGUAGCUAGAAAAAAAAGAUUUGAAGUUAUAAUGGCAGAGAAUCAAGCAUCGGUUGCUGCCUUAUCUAAACGUUUAGCCCAAAGCAAUGCUGAAGUGGAAAGAUUGCAAUAUGCAUUAAAACGUGGUGAAGAUUGUAUUAACGAGCACCGUGAUUUAUUGAGUAUUAUGAGUAACAAUUCGCAAAUGGUACACGAACAAGUGCAUGCUCUAAUGGAACAAUUGGAUGCUACAAAAGGAUUAUUCGAUCAAAUCGAAGCUGACAGUAUAAAAGAAGCGAAAUCAAUAAAAUCUAUAUUCGAAGCUAAAAUCGAUGAUUUAAAGCAAAUAACAACGAGACAAGUUGCAAAGCUGCAAGCUGACUAUGAUGCCAAAACUUCUCAAAAUGCUGAGAUGAAGAAUCAACUUCAUGAAAUGGCUAAUCAUCUAGCCGAAGCACAAAAUAUGCUGCUGAAACUGGAGGAAAGGAACGAUAUUCAAGAGCUCGAAAUUUCUCGGAUAGAACUGCUUAAUGACAAACUGAAUGUACAGCUGAAAGAAUAUGAAGCUACUGUGGAAGACAAUAAGAAGUUGUUAGAGGAACAAUCGAAGACACAUAAAAUUGUUUUAAAUGAGGCAAAUUCUAAAAUUCAAGAACUUUGUGAAAAAAUUAAAUGUCUUGAAGAGGACGAUAAUCGCAAACAGGAAAAUGUUGAGUUAUUCGAAGAAGAACUAAACGAGCAGGAAGGUUUCGAAAAGGCGGCGAUCAUGGAAGAGCUCGAAGAAGAAAAAGCACGUCGAGAAGCGGCCGAAGAGGAAGUAAAAAAACUUACCGAACAUAACGAACGCCUCAAAAAGGAUUAUCAAGAGAUUAGUGAAAAAUAUGCUGAAGUAGUUGGUCAUCAUAAUCCCAGGCAAAGAAUUAAGCAUGUGUCUCAGCUGAAAGAUAAAAUCCACCAGCUCGAGCAGGAUUUGCAUGGAAAAAUAAGGACGAUAGAACAGCAACAGAAAGUUAUAGAAAAAUUAAGAGCAGAAGAAAUACGUGCGCAUAGCAAAGGGAAAGAAAAUAUGAUAGGAAUUCCUAAGAGUUCUCAUACGACACCUGCUUCUUCUCCACAUAAACCUUUAACGCCUCUGAGGAAUCGAAACAAUUAA